AUUAUUGAUGUAAAUGCUGAAUGCUAUAUUAUAGAUUUCUCUCACAAACACAUACUAUACGUGUGAUAUGAUGCUGAAAGCUAUGGAAGGACAAGGCGGCGCGAGGUCGGUGAGGAUGACGAGGAAGGCGGAGAUCGACACAAGUCCGCCGUUCCGGUCUGUCAAGGAGGCUGUCAUCAUGUUCGGCGACACUCUUCUCGCCGGCGAACUCUAUGCCACCAAACUCAAACGGAUGAAUGAGUAUGGAUCGGGUAAACACCACGGCGGCGUUCCAACGGAGGUCGGAAACGUAACGGCGGAGCUGGAGGAGACAAAGCAAACCCUAGAAAAGGCUCAAGAAGAAAGCUUGAUAAUGGCGACAUGCCUCUCCUCUUUACAAGACGAGCUCGAUCGGACCAAGAAGGAGCUCCGCCAACUCAAGGCGGAGCAAAAGAAAUCCGACCAAGCGGCGGCGGCGCCGGUGGUGGUCGAAGAAGACCUCAAAUCCAUCGAGGUCUCCACCGAGUUCGAACUCAAAUCUGCAGAUACGACAAAACCAGAAAACAAUGUGGAGUUUCAGAAGAAGAGAUACGUGACUUUCGCGAACCCGCCGUCCGUCGUGGCUCGCGUCAUGGUGCCGGAAAGUGACGACGCCCGGCUCGAGAGGCUCCCGUCGAUGAAGAAUAAGAAGAAGAAGAACAGAUCAUCCAUCCCGCUGAUCGGAGGGCUUCUCUCCAGGAUAAAGGGUGCUGCAACAUCAAGAGCUUGAGCUCGUACCAAAGACAUAAUGGAAACCAUCAUGAAAUCAUAUCACAUAUAAUGUCUCUUUCAUAGUUAAUAAUCUUGUCGGUCGUUUAAUUUUUGAUUAUUAAUAUAAGUAAACCUCGUACCAAA